UGUGAUAUGUUUUUGCUUUCAGUCAUUCAAUAUUUGUUGUGGGAACAUUCAGUUUUACAAAUGUCGUAUGUACAUAAACAUAGAAAUUAGUUGGUUUAAUAAUAUCUAUCUACCAGGAAAUGGACUGGAUUUGUGUUUAUUGGAGACUUUAAUGCUUUGCCUGAGACAUUAAAGAUUCUUCUAAGAUGGCUUUACCAUUUUUCAGCCUAUGUAUUAUGUUUGCAAGAGGAAAUUCUGGGCCCCAAAUCUCACAGAUUCAUUUCUGAAUACGUCAUUUGUCUUAUAUCCCAGCCAUGCUUCCAGAAUCCUCUGCUCAUUGUCAGCAGCAAGACAGAAUGAAUGGAUCUCUGAAGCUGAUAUCAUUUGAUGAUGUGGCUGUGUACUUCACAUGGAAGGAGUGGCAGGAUCUGGAUACUGGUCAGAGGACCCUUCACAGAGAUGUAAUGCUGGAGACCUAUAGCAACCUAAUGUCCUUGGGGCACUGUGUUCCUAAACCUGAAUUGAUUGUGAAGCUGGAGCAAGGUGCAGAACCAUGGAUAAGAGAAGCCUCAGACAAGAAUUUCACAGAGAAGUCUUUCAUAAAGAGGAAAAGACAAUAA